AUGCGAAUCCUAGAGCAGGGCAUUCGCGUGGCCGGCGUCCUAGCCGGGCUGAUGUUUUCGACCGUAUCGGCGGGAUCUCGCUGCUUUCCAGAUGACUUCAUGUUUGGUUCGGCUACAGCAGCGUACCAAGUCGAGGGCGCCUGGAACGAGUCUGGCCGCACCCCAAGCAUCUACGACGCCUACUGCCGCGAGACGCCUGGAAUCGAGUGCGCGAAUGUCGCCGACGACUUCUUCCAUCGCUACCGAGACGACAUCAAGCUCAUGGUCGAAACGGGUUUGCAAUCAUUCCGGUUCUCCACCUCCUGGUCGCGUGCGAUGACUUGGGACCCAGAGACGCGUCGGAUGCGUCCCAACCCUCCGGGUCUCGCGUUCUACCACUCGCUGAUCGAUGAAUUGAACUCCAACCAUAUCACGCCCAUCCUAACUCUGCACCACUACGACCUGCCGUUGGCUCUGCAAGACGAACUCAACCCUCAGGCGUGGCUAAACCCCGACAUUUCCACUCACUUCGAAGACUACGCUACGCUUAUGUUCAAUGAGUUUGGCAAGAAGGUGAAGUUCUGGACGACUUUCAACGAACCACUCGGGUUAGUGGGGUACGCUUACGGCAUGGGCUUCCCUAACAUGCCUCCUGCACACAGAGGUUCGCCCACCGAAGCCUACGAGGUGUCGUACGGGGUUCUCAUGUGUCACGCCAAGGCGGUGAAGAAGUUCCGGGAGUUAAGGGAUUCUGGUGUGGUUGAUUCGGGUGCUCGUAUUAGCAUCGUGCUGGUCUCCAGCUACUUCUAUCCACUAAACCCAACUAGUCGCAGAGACGUCCUUGCCGCCCAACGCGCGUUGGACUUCGACUUCGGGUGGUUCCUGCAACCGAUCCUGACUGGAGAUUACCCUGCUGUCAUGCGUGAGGUUGCCGGUGAUCGUCUUCCUCGCUUCACAGCCGAAGAAUCGGAGAUGCUCAAGGGAUCGUACGACAUGUUCCAGCUUAACCACUACUCGUCUCAAGCGGUGACGGACUGUGAUUCACCAACGUCGACUAUUGACUGUGCCUCUCUUGCUCCUGGCUGGCAAGCCGACAAAGGUGUGGAUGACACGCACGUCAUGCCGGGGACAUUGCGUCCUAAACCUGACCGUUUCGGUAACAAUUAUUGUGCAAAUUUGUUCACGCCGUAUCCACCGGGAUACCUCGAUAUGAUCCGCUACGUGCACUUGCAGGACCCGACCGUCGAUAUUUUGUUGACUGAGAAUGGCUGGUGUGGUAAUGACGAAGUAGAAAACUGGGACCAAGUCCAUUUCUUUGAGCAAUUCGUGGGACAAGUGUACAAAGCUGUCGUGGAGGAGAAAAUCCCAGUUAUCGGAUACACGGCGUGGUCUUUUUUGGACAAUUUUGAGUGGGGAAGCUACAAGCCUCGCUUUGGCAUGUACUACGUCAACUGGACGAGUGAGACCGGGUCGCCGGAUUUCAACAAUCCGAAGCCAACGGAUCUGGCGCGUAUUCCUCGUCCAUCCGCCAAGUGGUUCCACAAGCUCUCCACGACCAGGUGCCUCGAUGAUAACAGCAUCUUAGCACUAGAAGCCUCAGAGGAGCCAACCAAGGAUAUGGCGGAGAUGUUUGGAGCGCCUCUGGUGAUGAUUGCAGUGAUGGCAGUCGUUGUGAUGGUUGGUAUCGCGACGCAGAAACGCCGCCAAGAUUAUGAACGCAUACCUCUCGUUUCGGCGCGUUAAGUCAGCGCUAGUGCGCUUGCCAGACAAGCAACAACACCUCUAAUUUUCAUUUUUCGUUACCAAAAACAACACUUUUUGAAAACUAAGGUCGUACUUCAAAGUUACCUGGUCGCCUCG